ACGACUUAGCCAGCUUUACCUUGCAUGCCUCCAUUUUGGAUUUUGAAAGCAUCUCGCACAUUCGACACAAGGUUUUACAAUUGAAAGACUUACAUGAUACUAAACAAAUGGCAGGGCUGCCAAGACGUAUUAUAAAGGAAACCCAACGGUUAAUGCAAGAACCAGUUAGCGGUAUUACAGCUUUACCAGAUGAAAAUAAUGCUCGAUAUUUCCAUGUAACAGUUAUUGGUCCAAAGGAGUCACCGUAUGAAAAUGGAACUUUUAAAUUGGAGCUAUUUUUACCUGAGGAGUAUCCAAUGUCGGCCCCAAAAGUUCGAUUUUUGACGAAAAUUUACCAUCCAAAUAUAGAUAAACUGGGACGAAUAUGUCUUGAUAUUCUUAAAGAUAAAUGGAGUCCAGCGUUGCAAAUCCGAACUGUGUUGCUAUCUAUCCAAGCUCUGCUAAGUGCUCCCAAUCCAGAUGAUCCUCUAGCGAAUGAAGUAGCUGAUGCAUGGAAAAGUGACGAAUCACAAGCUAUAGAAACAGCUAAAGCAUGGACACAAAAACAUGCUAUCUGAUUGUUAGGAAUGACUGAUUGAUGCUUGAUGUGUUAUUGUAUGGUGACGAGGAGGAGGAACGGCCUCCGUUUGAGGCCUCAUAUCGCCCGGGCCAGUUACCUUUGGAUUAAAGUGGCCACACUCAACAUGCCAUUUAUUAAGGAAGCAGUGAUAACUGACCAUAUCAUUUGUACACAAGGACUGCUGGACACAAUGUUAACUAGUUAAACUCACUUUACUGGAGGUAACAGGUUUUAAACACCAUAUUAACACAAGUACAAUCAGGUAGUGUUGCUGAUUAUUUUGUUUCUUUGGGUAGGGUUUGGAGGGUAUGUUAAAUGCUUCCCUAUAUGUACAGUACACAGGCAUUGUUAGGAUUUAAAUCUGUGUGCACUUGAUUCUAGGGAGGAUCAGUAUAUGAAAACACUUAAUCUUUAUUGAUGAGUGUUCUUUAAACUAAAAAUGAAAAAAAGAAAAGAAAUGUGAGUGUGUCUGCUAUGUAUAUGUGUGAAAAAAUAGUCACAAAAAAUAUAACCAAAGGAAGAAGUUAUAGCAGAAUUACAGAAACAUCACUUAAGUUAAUGUGUAUUUUAGAAAUAUGUAGAUACAUGUUUCAUAAGUCACGGUACCAGGCUUUUCUUUCUGUUUCCGUGUAUGAGAGUCUCUAGAGACAAACGGUCACUUAAAUUAAAAUUGUACCAUUACAUCACAGUAUCAACAUAUUGCAUUAUUUGUAGGGGAUGCAAUACAUUGAUACUAAUUGGAAAUAUCGAUACAAGUAAUUUACGAUACUAAUGAAAAUUCUGGAUAUUAUCAUCCAUUCCAUCUUUAAAAAUAAUUCUUGAUGGUCAGUGCUUUGGGAAUGUUUGUUGCCGUCCUUAUCAAGAUAAAUGAAAUACACAACAUAUGAAAACAAGAACACCAAACAAGGAUGGCAUUACCUAUCAUCAGUAUGUAUAGAGGAUACCCUAUCAUCAGUAUGUAUAGGGGAUUACCUAUCAUCAGUAUGUAUAG